UAAACAACAUUAUUCUCUUGUGUUCGGAGUGUAAUUGAGGAAGCUAAGAAUAAAACAUCCCAAGUAAAGAGAAAAUGGGUGUCAUCACUGCCCACUGUUACUGUUUCACCACCGUUGGAUCACACAAACCCUACCUUUCUCCCUCAUCUCACAAUUUCCGCCAUUCCCCUUCCGUUUCUCUUUCUUCUUCUUCUUCUUCGUCGCCUUCACCACUCAGAAGAAUCUCAUGUCGAACCUCUUCCGCUCCCGCCGCCGAAUCUACUCUCACCGCGAAAGUUGGAAAUGGGUUGAAAGAUUUUAUUCACAUAGAUGAUUUUGACAAGGAAACUAUUUUGAAGAUAUUGGAUCGAGCUAUUGAGGUGAAAACAUUGUUGAAAUCAGGGGACAGGACAUUUCGGCCUUUUGAAGGGAAGACAAUGUCGAUGAUAUUUGCAAAGCCAUCCAUGCGAACAAGGGUUUCAUUUGAGACUGGUUUUUCAUUGUUAGGUGGUCAUGCUAUUUACUUAGGACCCAAUGACAUUCAAAUGGGGAAGCGAGAGGAGACUCGUGAUGUUGCUCGAGUUUUGUCUCGCUAUAACGAUAUCAUUAUGGCCCGUGUUUUUUCUCAUCAGGACAUACUUGAUCUUGCAAAGUAUGCGAGUGUCCCUGUCAUGAAGAAAUCGGCGUCAACGUUGUCAAUACAUAUAUUAGGUAAAUCCGGUCUACUUUGUUUUAUUAAUUAAACAACUUAUGUAUUU